GGGGCAGAAAAGCUUUCAGCAACACAACAGUAGUAAGAGUACUACUCCUGAAAAGUUUAAGCAAACAAAAUGAACAGCAGAGUUCUUCUCACUAUCGUAGCCCUGAUUGUGCUGUAUAUGGCUUCAACACAAGCUGCUUCUCUUGGAAAUUCAAAAGUGAGUCUGCGAUGCCAGUGCAUUAAUACAAACUCCAAAUUCAUCCAUCCCAAGCAAAUGGAAAAUAUUGAAAUUAUUCCAAGUGGCCCACACUGUGCAAAGACUGAAAUCAUCGUGAUUCUUAAGAAUGGUUCCUCCGUGUGUCUGAAUCCUGAAGCCCAUUGGGUGAAAAAGAUCAUCCAAAUGAUAACCAAAAGUUCCUAGGAAUCUGAUUAAUCUCGCUCAUAGAAGUUGGAUGGUCAGAAAUGUGGCACUGAUUCACAAUCAUGAUUCCGGAUCAGCUCAGGAAAAUAUACAAUCGCUUGCUCCCAUUGUCAGUCCUGUCACAGAUUUAUGUCAACUUGAGGAAGAAUGUCUGGUUGAAAACAAUUUCAUUCACUUUUUAUCAGUUAGGACGCUUUAUUUAUUUCGUCCCUUUGGCACAAGAGAAAGUGCAGAUGCUGGAAAUCUAGAUCAAAGCACACAAGAUGCUGAAGAAUCUCAGCAGGUCAGGCAGCAUCUAUGGAGGGUAAUGAGUAGUUGAUCCAAACCGAUGAAAUACCUUGCCUGAAAUGUCAGCUGUUCAGUUCUCUCCAUGGAUGCAACCUGACCUGCUGAGAUACUUCAGCAUUUUGUGUCUAUUCUGUCAUCCCAUAGUUGCUUAUGAUCCCUCAUCCAAACUUUUGUAAUUUAGUAUUUAUGUAGUUGUGAAUUUUAUUCCUAUAAAAUUGAUUCUGGCACCUGUGCUGGUUUUGUGCUGAGAGCUCAAUGGAAACCGAAGUAAUUGUAAAAAAUAAGUUCUCUUAUUUUUGCAGGACUGUACUGAUCCAUGCUCAAGUGAUGGUGAAAGACAAAUCAAAAUUUACAGCAUAGGUGUUCCCCUUGUUGAGAUUUCAUUAAUCUGUGUGCUGGCAACCAGAGAUUAGUCAUGGGCUGUGCAAUUAAACACCUAGUCUCUUUUGAUUCUGUUAUCAUACUGUCAGCCACUUGUCUCCAGGUUAUGGGUUUGCAGAAAGUACAACUUGUUUGAAAGAAGUUUACAAGUUCAGCACAGUUUCAUGCCAGGAAGGACUUUAAUUUAUUGUAAUUAGUUUUGCUUGUAUUUUAUUUACUUGCCUUAAUAUUUAUAAAGUGGCUUAUUUAUUUCUAUUUAUGAAAAUGUUUAAUUAUUUUGAUGUCACUAGGAUGUAUCUGGGAUUAACAUACAUGUGAAUGGUGUUUGUUGAAAAUUAAUAUUGUGAAAUAUUUGUAUUCCAAUAAAUAAAGUAUCU